CACUGGUUUUGAACAACUUCAAACCAGACGAUCAAGCUCAUUGAGAAGCUUUUCUUUCUCAACUCCAAUUCAAACCCUUCUCUCUUCCUCCCAUGCUCACAUCUCUCAGACCCAAAUCCCUCUCCGCCGCUUCACCUCUCAAAUGUGUCUCCACAACCCCCACCCAAAACCCCGCCGACCAUCUCCGUCUCUUCUUCCACCGCCCCCACACCCACACCAACCACGAGCCCCAAUUAGUCUCCCUCCUUAAAUCAUGCGCUUCCCUUUCGGCACUCUUCCAGGGCCAACAGCUCCACUCCCUCGUCCUCAAGUCCGGCCUCCUCUCCAACACCUUCAUAUACAACAGCCUCAUCAGUAUGUACUCCAAAUGCGGCUCCAUUUCUGGAGCCCAAUCCCUUUUCGGGUCCCGCUCCGUGCCCGACCCGGUCUCCUCUAACAUAAUGCUCGCCGCGUAUGUGAAAUCCGGCGACUUGGGCAUUGCUCGCCAGGUGUUCGAUGAAAUGCCUGAGAAGGGCUGUGUUUCGUAUACUACUAUGAUCAUGGGGCUGUCGAGAAAUGGGCUCUGGAGAGAGGCUGUGGAGGUGUUUAGGGGUAUGAGGGAAGCCGGUGUGGCGCCGAAUGAGCUCACAAUGGGGACGGUGAUAUCGAUGCUGUCGCAGAGCGGUGGGAUUUGGAAUGUUAGAAUGCUGCAUUGUUUGGUGGUGAAGUUGGGGAUUGAUGUGAAGGUGCUUGUUGCCACGAAUUUGGUGAAGGUGUAUUGUGGUUGUAGGAGUGUUGGGGAGGGGAGGAGAUUGUUUGAUUUGAUGCCCGAGAGGAAUGUGGUGACGUGGAAUGUCAUGUUGAAUGGGUACUGUAAGGCUGGUAUGGUGCAGAAGGGGAGAGAGGUGUUUGAGAGGAUGGAUGUGAAGGAUGUGGUUUCGUGGGGUACGAUGAUUGAUGGGUACGUGCAAGUGGAGUGUUUGAGUGAUGCUUUGAUGAUGUAUCACGCAAUGCUGUGUGCUGGGGUGGGUCCAAAUGAUGUUAUGCUUGUUGACUUGGUUUCGGUGUGUGGGCGGAUGGGGGCAGUUCGUGAGGGUCAGCAAUUUCAUGGGAGGAUUGUCAGGGAGGGUUUUGACUGUUAUAAUUUCAUGCACGCGACGAUCAUAUGUUUUUAUGCAGGUUGUGGGGAAAUGAUCCCUGCUCGCCUUCAGUUUGAAACGUGCAUCAAGGAGCAUGUAGAAUCUUGGAAUGCUCUCAUUGCAGGAUACAUAAGAAAUCAAAUGAUUGACCAAGCAAGUCAGUUGUUUGAUGAAAUGCCUGAAAGGGAUGUUUUUUCAUGGAGUUCCAUGAUUUCUGGUUAUGCACAGAACGAAAAAUCUGGACUGGCUCUGGAACUUUUCCAAAGAAUGGUGUCUUGUGGGAUACAACCGAAUGAAAUUACAAUGGUAAGCAUUGUAUCUGCAAUUGCUAGUUUAGGCGCAUUGAAAGAAGGAAUAUGGGCGCAUGAAUACAUAUAUGAAAAUUCCAUUCCUAUGAAUGACAAUUUGAGUGCCGCUAUCAUUGAUAUGUAUGCCAAAUGUGGGAGUAUCAAUACUGCCUUAGAGGUUUUCUAUCAAAUCCAAGACAAAACCUCUUCUGUGUCACCGUGGAAUGCCAUUAUAUGUGGGUUGGCCAUGCACGGACAUGCGCCAAGGUCUCUUGAAAUAUUUUUGGAGUUGCAAAGGCGUGAUAUUAAGCUCAAUUCAAUAACCUUCAUUGGAGUCCUAACUGCUUGUUGCCAUGCUGGUUUGGUGGAGGCCGGGGAGAUGUAUUUUAAAAGCAUGAAGGAUGUAUACCACAUUCAACCAAGUAUCAAGCAUUAUGGUUGUAUGGUGGAUCUACUGGGUAGAGCAGGCAGAGUGGUAGAUGCUGUAAAACUGAUAAGAAGCAUGCCCAUGAAGGCUGAUGUUGUGAUAUGGGGCACAUUAUUGGCCGCAUGCACAACACAUGGGAAUCUAGAAAUAGGAGCAAUGGCUGAAAAGAAUUUGAAACUGAUUGAUCCAUCUCAUGGGGCAAGUACAGUUCUCAAGUCCAACCUACUUGCAGAUGCAGGGAUGUGGGAGGCAGCCUCUUUGGAAAGGCAACUAAUGCGGAGCCGGAAACUAACAAGAGCACCAGGGCACAGUGAUGUUCUUUGGUAAGGGUAGAUUAAAUAUCAACUUUGGUUUCUUAAGCUGGCAAGAGAAAUCAACUCUGUUGGAUGGAAGGAACCAAAUUUUUCAUCCAGUCAGACUACCAUCGAAGUAUAAAAGAAAAAUUCCAACUCUGGCGAUGUAUCUAGCAACUCUUGCACACAUUUUCAGGAAAAGUAGUCAGGGAAGGUUGAUCAGCGUACUAUUGAUCAAGGUUCUAAAAAACGCUAGGCGUUAAUCGGGCGGACAGCUAAAAACCAGCGCCCAGAGGAUUAAUCGGGGAUUAAUCGGCCCAAAAUCGAGGCCGCCAAGGAUCUUCCGCCUAGGCGGUCCUAGGCGGGGAUUUUUAGAACAUUGCUAUUGAUGAUGAUUCUGUAGCUAUUCCAAAUGUGUCAGAAUGGGAGACCAAUUAAUGUGUACUACUCUGACCUUAAAUGUAUUUGGCAAGAGUUAUACCAUAGUUGUGCAACUAACAUGGAUUCUGCUGCUGAUGGUGAUAAAGUGCGCAUAAAUCCUUUCCCUGGUAUCAACGUGAUAAAGUUCGCAGUAACGUGCUGCGCAUGGAUCCAAAAAGGGAAAGGUAUUGCAGAUUUCCUCACAAUCCUCCGUGGUGUUAAAUACUUAAAGGUAGACCAACCUUCUACCAUCGAUUCUGGAUCUGACAUCUUUGGCUGACUCGGGUAACUUAGGUCAUACUUAAAAUAUUUCUGCUUCUACAUGUAAUAGUUCUUGGAUAAUUGAAUCUGGUGAAACGUAGCAUGACUUUUUAUUCCUGUCAGUUUUAUACACAUUCUCCAUCCUAGCAGUGUUGGAAAUGCCAAUGGUAUCCCUUCCCCUCUUAUAGGGGCAGGUUUGUGUUUGUCCCAUUAACUUCUUCAUUAUCCUUAUCAUCUAUAUAUGUUCAUACUCUUUCCAAUAAUCUGCUGUCAAUUAGUCAUAUCGUGAAAACCUUGACAUGUUGAGUUGACAUUGGUCUUGUGUAUCGUAAAAGGAGAUAGUUGCUGCUAUAAUUACUGCAUUAUCAUGCCUCAGACCGUAUAGGGAUCAUUAUCAUGUUCUCAAGUUGGUUAAAACUAGCUUGUGUAUCAGUAUUAUUGAUUUUACUAUGUCUUUUACUCUCAUUUCAUAGUCAGAAUGGGUAAGGGUCAGAAAACUUUGAAUCCCUGUAGAAUGGC